AUGGGAGAAGAGGUGGAUGACGCAUCUUCGCCGUCCAGCAGUCGCGGUCGCGUCUUUCUUCACAUCCGAGAUUGGAUAGAAGCACACAAAAGGGGGAUUUCUUCCGCGCUUUAUCUGACGGCUGGUCUGUCGCUCUGGAUACUCAAACGCAGCGUUCAAGAUUACCGAGUGAACCGAAUUCGACGCGUAGAGGAUGUGCCUGAAUCCCUUUUCAAGCGCAAGGCGAAAUUGAGCGGAGUCGUUGCCUCCGUCGACCUCUCCUCAGGGGUGCUUUUUUUCUACCAUGUCCCUCUUCUUCAUCGUCUCCUUCGGUUUUUCCUGCCGAUUCCCCUUCUCGUUCCUCGGGCUUCCUCCUCGCUCCACGUGGUCUCCCCUCGCAAGAGAGACUGUUACUCUUCUGGAGACCCGGGCGGUAUUUCGACCGUCAAGCUAACUUCUGUGCCUUUUUCGUCUUCGACGUCUUCUCUUCUGCCUCUCUGUCUCCACAGUGUUGAUGUUGUUCCUCUACGGAAAGACCGCGGGUCAGCUUCAGAACAGAGUAUCGCACGAGGACACAGAGGGACACAAGACGCUUUCUCUUCGUACCACGAGGGAGACCGAGGCGGAGAGAGGGGAGGAUGUGCUGUCGCCAGGAGAGAGCCAGGCGACCGGAGGAAUGCCGUUGAUACCAUGCAUGCGCUGAAAACGUUCCUAGACGAGGAAAUCCUCCAACAGCCUGUCUCUGUCACCCUUAUCGACAGAGACGUGAAACGGCGAGAAGUGAACUCCAGUGAACAAGAGCAUGAAAGGGAAGGUGGACGCAGGGGAAGGGAACCGACGGACCCGGAGCAGAGGGGCGGCAAGUUAGGAAGCUCAGGAGGCAACCAGCCGAUGCACAAGGACGAAAUGGAAGGACCAGAGACAGGCAAGGUUGCGAAGAAUGCGCCAUGGUUUAACUCUCUGCGCUUCUGUGUUAGACGUCAUCACUUUGACAAUUUGUUUCCGUCGUCUCCUCUUCGCGUCCGACUGCAAUUUGCGAAGAAAAAUAUCUUUGAUAUUCGCCGCUAUGACCUCGAGGAAGAGCUGCUGCGCCAGGGGUUUGCGGUCGUUGCUCACGAGAGGCUUAGAGAGGAAGAACAACAGAACAUGACGGCCCAGCGCGGCUUCUCGUCGUUGUUACCCUUCAGACGCUGGCGCGCAAAGCAGCGAAUUAGAAAGGUACAAGGCAGACACAGCGGAUGA